AUGAGUCUCAAACCUAGUGUGAUUUCACUGGACCACAAUGGGAACUGUAUUGAUGCAAAUUCUGAUGAGUGUAAAGACUGUGAGAAGUUUUUUAAAAAUGGCAAAGAUUUUUCACUGACCUCAGAAGUUAGUGAUAGUCUUGUAACUCAAGCGUCAAAUAGUGGUUUUACACUGCAAGGACCAAGUGGUAGUUUUACAAUUAAUGAAUCAAACGAUGUUUUAACUGCCCAGGGGUCAGUGUGGGGAUCUCUUUCAACAAAAGAUGCAACAGAAGCUUCUGGUGGUUUCCACAACCACCUCCAACUGCAGGGUAAAAGAACUCAUGAGGAUUCUCAUUUCGAAUUCAACGCCGAAAGUCUCUUCUUAACCCCAGCCACUCCUGACUUCAACCUCCUUCAGUCGGCCAUUUCUUGUCCCAAGAAUUACUCCACUGAUACCUCAGACUUUGAACAUGGAGCCAGUUUUACUUUCGCGAACCCAGGCUUUGUAAAUAGUGACUUGCUGAUGUACGAUGUUCUUGUUAAUGAUACCACAAGAGUUUGUGACCGACUGGGAAACAGGAUCACAAGUUACCGCAGUGUUUUAUCUCAAGAACAGGAGUGGGCUGCCAAUCAAGAGCUCAGGUGCAAAAAUUGUGGUAAUCCCUGCGAGAACAUUCAUUUAGGAUCACUUUGUGAAUAUUUUUUUUCUGAUUUUACAUCUUUGCCAGAUAAGAAAUGCUGCACGUGCCAAACAAACUACAUGUCUCUAGAUGAUGAUCACCUGUGUUCCUCAAUGUGGAACUGGACAUAUUCUUCUGCGGACAAAUUUAAUGUUGAAAACUUACAGCCUGGCAAUUAUAAUAUUUCUGCAUUAGUUGAUGGUGAAAUGUCACCAUUAACAUCAUCACGUUCAAGUUCCUUGAAUGUACCACUGUCGUCAAAGUCAUCUUUGCAUUCAUCAUUGUUGCCUUCAUUUCCACACCAUGAUAAGAAACAGCAAACACUUCCAGUUGUAUCUUUGUUCAACCACUCUGUGAAUUUUUGGAUCAUGGAGAUUGAUUAG